AGAAGGUGAAGGUCUGACCGUGAAGGCAGCGUCUUCCUAGUGCUGGAGACUCUACAGCCCUCAUCCUGUCUCCUUUCAGCUGUCCUCUGAGAUGAAGGGGGCUGCUCCAUCAGCCAAUCCCAAAGCCUGAAUUGGGGGUUGAGGAGAAAUGAAGCGUCAGCUCACACACCUUCCUGGCCGGUUCUGGCUGUGGCCCAGCUUCUCUGUAGCGUCCCUCCUAUCCCACCAGACCCCAGCCACAAAUUCCUGGCUUGCUUCUUCCAAACUUCAUUCAGCCCCAGGGAUGGCUCUGCAGGAUGUGUGCAAGUGGCAGUCCCCUGACACCCAGGGACCAUCACCUCACCUGCCUCGGGCUGGCGGCUGGGCUGUGCCCCGGGGUUGUGACCCUCAAACCUUCCUGCAGAUCCAUGGCCCCAGACUGGCCCACGGCACUACCACUCUGGCCUUCCGCUUCCGUCAUGGAGUCAUUGCUGCAGCUGACACGCGUUCCUCCUGUGGCAGCUAUGUGGCGUGUCCAGCCUCAUGCAAGGUCAUCCCUGUGCACCAGCACCUCCUGGGUACCACCUCUGGCACCUCUGCCGACUGUGCUACCUGGUAUCGGGUAUUACAGCGGGAGCUGCGGCUUCGGGAACUGAGGGAGGGUCAGCUGCCCAGUGUGGCCAGUGCUGCCAAGCUCUUGUCAGCCAUGAUGUCUCAAUACCGGGGACUGGAUCUCUGUGUGGCCACUGCCCUCUGCGGCUGGGACCGCUCUGGCCCUGAGCUCUUCUACGUCUAUAGCGACGGCACCCGCCUGCAGGGGGACAUCUUCUCUGUGGGCUCUGGAUCUCCCUAUGCCUACGGCGUGCUAGACCGUGGCUAUCGCUACGACAUGAGCACCCAGGAAGCCUACGCCCUGGCUCGCUGCGCCGUGGCCCACGCCACCCACCGUGAUGCCUAUUCAGGGGGCUCUGUAGACCUUUUCCACGUGCGGGAGAGUGGAUGGGAGCAUGUGUCACGCAGUGAUGCCUGUGUGCUGUACAUGGAGUUACAGAAGCUCCUGGAGCCGGAGCCAGAGGAGGAUGCCAGCCAUGCCCAUCCUGAGCCUGCCACUGCCCACAGAGCUGCAGAAGAUAGAGAGCUCUCUGUGGGGCCAGGGGAGAUGACACCAGGAGACUCCAGGAUGCCAGCAGGGACUGAGACGGUGUGAGAA